UGAACACUUGAAGCACUUAAUUUGUUGCAGCUAAGUAAACAUUUGGUAGAAUUUUAUUAGGAAUUUUUUAAAAAUGUACCAGCCGCCACUGCCACCACCACCCAGUCAACCACCACCCCCGCCACCACCACCACCGCCCUUGCCGCCGGCAGAAACUCGAGAGGAGACUCUAAAGCCGCCGGGAGCAGAGCCAAAUUCAAUUUCAGCGCCAGCUUUUACCUAUAAUACACCACCGCCAUAUCAAAAUGAUGCUUAUGUGCACAAUUCAAAUUCAUCAAGCUACUAUAAAUAUGGUGCUGAUAGCACCGCCCCGUCUGCAACGGGCUAUGAUAACUAUCAGCAAGGAGGAGCUCCCUACUCCUAUGAUACCUACCAGUACCAGGAGCCAAUGUCGUCCACAUAUGGUCAAGAGCCUGUUUCGGCGUAUGACCAAUAUGGCCAGGUCCCUUAUUCCAACUACGAUUGCUACAAGUAUCAGGAACGUUAUUCGUCAUAUGCACCCACUCAUCGAUUACCAAAUCCCCGUCAUUCGUCUUAUAGUCAAAACUAUAAUCAGUAUUCUGCCUACAACUACAGCCCUCGUUAUGAGCAGCGUCAUCCUAACAGUGGAGGUUACCAUCAGCCCCGACAUACUCGUUCUCAGCAUUAUCCAAAUAGAAGUGGUCAGGAUUAUGUGCCCCGCAGCUAUCGGGAGAGAAGUGAACCAAUUGAGAAAAGCAAGCCAAAGGUGGAAACUGAACGCGAUCGCCUGCUUCGCCAAUGGUGCUCCAACUACUGUGAAAAGCCAGAAGAUUAUAUAAAAAAAAUGACUGCUCUUAGCGAAGCUGAGGCUCCAGCCGAAUCCUGGGUACGUUCUUCGCCCGCUGAGCUUUACUACGAACGCACCAAAAACGAGAACGAAGUCAAAGGAAAAGUUCGCCUCCAAAAGCUGUGCGCCCUUUUUGACGAGGAACUACUGCAACGUGCAGAUCGAGUUCGCCAAACUCUGCCUGUAUAUGUGCCCCCACCAAGGAAGGCCCGACGAAGAGUGUGCAACCAUAAGCACAAGUCAGAGGCCUGCUCCUCUUCUUCCUCCGAUGAUGAUUCGGAUGAGGACGCCUUUAAGAUUGAGCAGGACUGUUGUAUGGAGGAAUUGUCACGCAAGGUGCAACAUCCACAGCGUGUUCACGCCGAUUUGUGGCACAACGAUCCCGGCGAAAUGAACGAUGGUCCAUUGUGUCGAUGCUCAGCAAAAUCACGACGCAUAGGGAUUCGGCACGGCAUCUAUCCAGGAGAGACGGGCUAUAGAUUAUGUGAUAAAGAUACCAACAACGCUGGUCACCUGUACCACUAUCGAAUCACCAUCUCUCCACCAACGAAUUUCCUGACCAAGACGCCCACAAUAAUUAAGCACGAUGAACACGAGUUUUUAUUCGAGGGCUUCUCCUUGCUGUCGCAUGUUCGUCUCACUGAUCUUCCUGUGUGCAAAGUGAUCCGUUUUAAUAUUGAGUACACUAUUGAGUAUGACGAGGAGAAGAUGCCAGAGAACUUUACCAUCCAUGAGCUGGAUUUGUUCUUUAAAUAUUUGUUUCACGAGCUUCUGGAACUAGUGGACUUUGAUCUCUUACCAUGUGGAGCUUCUAACAGUGAGCAGUCUUGUCCUGCUUUUCAUUUCUUGCCGCGUUUUGUCCGAGAACUCCCAGAUAAUGGCAAGGAGGUUUUGGCCAUGUGCGAGGUGCUUAAGUAUCUGUUGGACAAUUCCGCCGAACUGGUGGAGCGCCAACAGCUACUCCAUUUAAACCAAAUAAGCCAACACGAAUGGCAAAACUAUGUAGACAUCAUCAAAGGAAUGCUAGUCACCAAACCCGGCCAUAAGCCAUGCUCAUUGCGUGUGGACCAGUUGGAUCGGAAUAAUUCCGAUUUACCCGAAUGUUCGGAUCGCGAGACGGGCAUUUCUCAUCCGGCAAUUGUCCAUUUCGGAAUACGACCACCACAGUUAAGCUAUGCCGGAAAUCCGGAGUAUCAAAAAGCAUGGAGGGAAUAUGUAAAGUUUCGCCAUCUAAUGGCUAACAUGUCAAAACCAUCGUUUAAGGACAAGCGCAAGCUGGAGGAUAAGGAGCAACGUCUACAAGAAAUGCGCACGCAGGGCAGGAUGAAGCGUAACAUCACGGUAGCUAUCAGCUCUGAGGGAUUUUUCCGCACUGGCAUUAUGUGUGAUAUUGUCCAACAUGCUAUGUUGAUUCCCGUACUGACGGGUCAUUUGCGCUUCCACAAGUCCCUGGAUCUGCUGGAGGAAAGCAUUGGCUACCACUUUAAAAAUCGCUAUCUACUGCAGCUGGCUCUAACUCAUCCCUCGUACAAGGAAAACUAUGGCACUAAUCCAGAUCAUGCCCGAAAUUCUUUAACCAACUGUGGCAUUCGACAGCCCGAGUAUGGAGAUCGAAAGAUCCAUUACAUGAACACAAGAAAGCGCGGUAUUAACACUUUGGUCAGCAUUAUGUCCAGAUUCGGAAAGGACCACGAAACGGUGUCCAACAUAACGCACAACGAGCGCCUGGAAUUCCUUGGUGAUGCUGUAGUAGAAUUUCUCAGUUCCAUCCACCUAUUCUUUAUGUUCCCCGAGCUAGAAGAGGGUGGAUUGGCCACUUAUCGAGCGGCCAUAGUGCAGAAUCAGCAUUUAGCUCUGCUGGCCAAAAAAUUGCAGCUGGAGGAGUUUAUGUUGUAUGCCCAUGGCUCUGAUUUGUGUCACGAAUUGGAACUACGACAUGCAAUGGCCAAUUGCUUUGAGGCUUUAAUGGGAGCCCUACUCCUGGAUGGUGGAAUCAAGGUGGCUGACGAAGUUUUCACUGAUGCCCUAUUUCGACAGGAAGAGAAGCUACUAAACAUCUGGAAGAAUCUACCCGAGCAUCCUUUACAAGAGCAAGAACCUUUGGGCGACCGCAGUUGCAUCGAUUCUUAUCGUGUGUUGAAAGAGCUGACCAAAUUCGAAGAUUCUGUGGGCAUCAAGUUUAAGCACAUCCGCUUGCUGGCCCGAGCAUUUACAGAUCGUUCUAUAGGAUUCACCCAUCUUACCUUAGGCUCUAAUCAGCGACUGGAGUUCUUGGGCGACACAGUAUUGCAAUUGAUCUGUUCGGAGUAUUUGUAUCGCCACUUUCCAGAACAUCAUGAAGGUCACUUGUCGCUACUCCGGUCUUCACUGGUCAACAAUCGUACUCAGGCUGUGGUCUGUGAUGAUUUGGGUAUGCCCAAAUAUGCUGUUUAUGCCAAUCCCAAGGCCGAUCUCAAGACCAAGGAUCGUGCUGAUCUCUUAGAAGCAUUUCUGGGGUCUUUAUAUGUGGACAAGGGUCUCCUUUACUGCGAACAGUUCUGCCAUGUCUGCCUGUUUCCACGGCUGCAGCUGUUUAUCAUGAAUCAGGAUUGGAAUGAUCCCAAAUCAAAGUUACAGCAAUGUUGUCUCACUUUACGUACAAUGGACGGUGGGGAGCCCGACAUACCCUACUACAAGGUGGUGGAAGCCAGUGGUCCCACCAAUACUCGAGUCUACAAGGUGGCCGUUUAUUUUCGCUCUAAACGCUUGGCCACAUCCAGUGGUUCAUCCAUCCAGCAGGCGGAGAUGAAUGCCGCUAAGCAGGCUCUAGAGAACUCUCGAGAUCUUUUUCCUCAGUUGGAUCAUCAGAAGCGAGUGAUUGCGAAGAGCAUUAAAAAGCAAACAGGCAGUGAAAUGGACCAAGAUGGUUCCGUGGCGGAUAAACAGCUGGAUGACAAGGCCAAACGACCUAAAUAUUCGGCCCCCCUCGAAGCCGAGUCCCAUUUGCCUAAACAAUAUCGCAUGCAUGAGAACAUCUCCAGUGAUGAGCUUCCCGAGGAUGACGAGUACGACAAUGCCGCUGUCAAGAGUCCAUUGCCAACGGCUGCUCGGAAAUCCAACAGUUCCAGCAGCAGCAGUUCCAGUAGUGACAGCGAUGUCUCCGAUUCCCCCAGCACUAAGCGUCGCCGCCGUCGCCUGCGCCAGACGUCUGAUGCUUCGUCUUUAUCUUCGCCCUCUUCAAAUAUAUAAUUUUGCAUUAAUAUUAAUUACUAGUGACAGAGUAUUAUUCCUUUAUCAAUUCUUUACUUAAAUUUGCUUAUCAAUUUAAUUAAGUUGAAAGCUAAAAGCUAAAUUUAUUCAAAGAUAUAAAAGGACUCUGUUGUUUGUCUAAAUAAAAUGUUAACUACUAUAUAUAAUCAA